AUUGUCGCCGAGCCAUUACGAUCUGCCCAGCUCCCUACCAUCUUGACUCCCGCAUUAUGACAUCCCGUACGAUGAAGAUUUCAAUGGCGCAUAAUGUAGCCUUACGAAAGAUAGCAUACUCACCUUUAACAGGGCAAGCGCGCUUUCAUCAAGGACAUGGCCCAAUACUGGAUUCCCCCCGCAGGCAAGCCCGCUACCAUCGCCCCGUCUCUAUCCAACUAUCGACGCGGCGUAGGAACAGACACCACGCAGCUUUCGCCUGUCACUACUCGUAAUGAACAUCUCGGACCUCCUUACCCAUACGACACUCAAGGCGAACCCAACAACCCCACGGUUAUUCCUGCGGAUCUGUUGGCAACCUACCACUUCACAUUUCUGAUCCGUCACCCCAAAUUCUCCAUUCCAUCGUACUACCGCUGCACCAUUCCUCCGCUGGACAAGAUGACAGGCUUUUACAACUUCCGUCCUGACGAAGCUGGCUACGAAGAGCUCCGUCGCCUGUUCGACUACCUGCGGUCUGAGGGCCAGAUCGGUCCCAAGUUCGCGGGUCAGAAGCAGCACGACUCCAAUGAGCAGACAAACGGCCACACUGGCGGUGUUGAGAUCUGCGUCAUCGAUGCAGACGAUUUGCUGGACAACCCAUCUGGCAUGGUUGAAGCAUUCUGCAAAACCACGGGAAUCGAAUGGGACCCAGACAUGCUCGUAUGGGACACAGAGAAGGACCAAGGUAUUGCCAAGGAGGCGUUUGAGAAAUGGAAGGGUUUCCAUGAGGAUGCUUUGGACAGUGAUCGCUUGAGGGCGCGGACACAUAAGAAGGAACCUAAGUCAGACGAGCAGCUUUUCGCUGAGUGGAAGGAGAAGUACGGUGAAGAGGGCGCGAAGCAAAUCCGGGACACCGUUGCUGCUAAUGUUGAGCAUUACGAGUACCUCAAGCAGUUUGCUAUCAAGCUGUAGAUAUUUUUUCAAAGUCAGGAGUUGAGUACGACUGUUACAUGUGUUCGAUCACUACCAAAAAGAGAUGGCAGAUGGCAGAUGGCAGAGCAGACAGCAUGCAAUAUGCUAGAGGAGCAACAACGAAUUUUCUUAGCAUAUUUAAUUUGAAAAUGAUAUGAAUGUGUCAUCUGUCCAAUGAGACACACCUCAUUAUCAUUCCUCUACUGCAAUUAC